AUGCCGAUCUCUAUACCUGAAGCUGAUCGAUUAGCCGAUCUUUUCAGCCUGAAAAACAAAGUUGUUGUCGUUACUGGGGCAUCAGGCUCCCAGGGCAUUGGCUUCGAGGCAGCCCGCGGCUGUGCCGAGAUGGGCGCUUCUGUGGCCAUCACCUACUUCACUCGAGAAGAUGAAGCGAAGAAGAACGCCGCGAGACUAGGCGAAGAGUUCAACGUCAAAGUAGUCGCCUACUACUGCGAUAUCUGUGACUAUAGCUCAGUGGAGAAGCUAGUCCAAAGUGUUAUCAAUGAUUUUGGCCAAAUCGAUGGCUUUAUUGCGAACGCAGGCCAAGCCGCCGAAACAGGAGUGCUUGAUGGUAAAGUCGAAGACUGGACAAAGAUUAUCCAGGUGGAUUUGAAUGGCCCAUUUUACUGCGCUAAGGCUGUUGGACCACAUUUCAAAGCGCGCGGGACAGGUUCAUUUGUACUUACAUCGUCCAUGUCGGGCCACAUUGCGAACUACCCGCAAGAGCAAACGUCCUAUAACGUUGCUAAGGCCGGCUGUAUUCACUUUGCAAAAUCACUCGCGAAUGAGUGGAGGGAUUUCGCUAGAGUUAACUCUGUCUCACCUGGUUAUAUUGAUACUGGCCUGAGUGAUUAUAUUAGCCAGGAGACUAAGGACUUGUGGAGGUCGAUGAUUCCCAUGGGCCGCAAUGGUGUUGCCAAGGAGCUCAAGGGAAUCUAUGUUUACUUGAUUAGUGAUGCGAGUACCUACACAACUGGGGCAGAUAUCUUGGUUGAUGGUGGCUAUACCAGUCGAUAG